AUGAGAGAAUCAGAAACUGCUACAACCAGUUUCGUUUCAGAACUUGCCAGCUGUCAGUCCAUAAAUGGAGACCCAACCGGGGAGACAAUUACUGCAGCAUCACCCAAUGGUUUUUUUGGAAAUUCCUUUGGCUCGGUGUCCCCUUCAACAAGCAAUGGGAUGCCAAUGUUAACAACUGUGCAAACAAUAACUGGAGUGGUGUCCUCGCCUGGGGAUUUAAAGCAGCAACCAUUUGUCAUAGAUUUGACUGAGCUGGAUUUAGAUAUGGAUGUAGAGCAAGCUUUUCUUAAUAUUGCAAGGAAGAGGAAGAAGAUAUAA